UUACGUAAGGUACAUGCGUAGUAAGAAUUCGCGCGAGUAGAAGACCAUCAUGUUUUAGUGUCAAUGUGGGAUUGAGUUGCACGUUCAUUUGUCGCUUGUAUAAAAUUGUCGUGUGUCUUGUGUUUUGUCCACUGAUAUUGUAAUACAAUCAUGUCGUUCCACGUUCAAAAUGGCAUGCAUCCUGAGCCUAAACUCGAAGAUUUAUCGCCAAAGAUGUUUAUAGGACAGGUUCCCCGAACUUGGGAAGAAACGGACCUCAGGCCCUUGUUAGAAGAAUUUGGGGAAGUCCACGACAUACAAAUCUUACGCGAUAAAUACACAGGACAACAUAAAGGGUGUGCAUUUGUAACAUUUCAAAGCAAAGAGGGAGCAUUGGAAGCUCAAAAUUGUCUUCAUGAACGAAAAAUUUUGCCAGGGAUGCAAAAUCCCAUGCAGGUCAAACCUGCAGACAGUGCAAUUAAAUCAGAGGACAGAAAACUAUUUAUUGGUAUGCUUAGCAAACACACCACUGAAGAGGACCUUAAGUUAAUGUUUUCUCCUUUUGGAACCAUUGAAGAAGUAACAGUUUUGAAAAAUUCAAAUGGAACGAGUAAAGGCUGUGCCUUCCUUAAGUUUAACACAAGACUUCAAGCACAAAAUGCAAUCAUCAAAAUGCACAACAGCACAACAAUGGAGGGUUGUUCAUCACCAGUUGUAGUUAAAAUAGCAGAUUCUGAAAAAGACAAAGCUCAAAAAAGAAUGCAGUCGCUUGCAAGCAAUAUGUUUGGCCUAGGGCUUAGUAUGCAACUAGCACAGGGCAGUUUAGGAGGACUGGGACUAGCUUCAAAUACCUAUCAACAGUCGCAAAGUCCAUUAUUGCAGACAGAUAAGUUGUUGCAACAGGCAGUCGCUGCAGGCACACUACCAACCGGAUUGGCUGCUGGUUUAGUCAACCCAACUGCCUCUCUUGGAAUGCCGCUGCUAGGCGUGCCUGGAACAAUGGGAGCAAUUGUUGCUGCUGCUGCUCUCGCAAAUCAACAACAGCAACAGCAAACGCAAGUUCAACAACAACAGCAACAAGCCCAGUCUCAGUUAACUCAAGCACAAAAUCAACUUGGACUUGGUCAGCAAUCAUUCACUAAUCAGGCAGUUGCGUCAUUGGCUCAGCAACAAGCUAUCACGUCAUCGGCGUUGGCAACGCAGUCUUCCGCAAUCAGUAGUUUAGGAAAUCUUGCUGCUCUUAGUGGCACUCAAAAUACGAAUGGAAUUCAAAUGUCGGGGUUACAGAACGCUGCAUUGCAAGGGGCAAACGUUGCAAAUGUACAAGGAAACGGAUUGCAAACAGCUGGAUUACAGAACACAACUGGCCUUCAAGGAGCUGGAUUAGCAAACGUAGCUGCGAAUCUUGCCUCGACGUUUAACAGCCAGUCAUCUGCUGAUGCCUUAUCGCAGGCUGCCUAUUCAGGCAUACAACAAUAUGCAGCUGCCUUUCCAAAUGCCUACCUGAGUUUGUUCCAACAACAAAACCAGAGGACUCCUCAAAAAGAAGGUACCUACACUGGCCCCGACGGAUCCAACUUGUUCAUUUACCACCUUCCACCCGAAUUCAGUGACGCUGACCUCAUCCAGACUUUCCUUCCUUUUGGAGCCAUCCUCAGUGCCAAAGUCUUCAUUGACAAAAACACUAAUCUAAGUAAAUGUUUUGGUUUUGUAAGUUACGACAACGCCUCUUCUGCACAAAACGCUAUUCAGGCAAUGCACGGAUUCCAAAUUGGAAACAAAAGACUCAAAGUCCAACUGAAACGACCUAAAGAUGCCAAUCGUCCAUAUUAAUAAUGGUGUUUAUUGUAUUUAAGACUAUUGUGUGUUUGUCGUCAACAUCGUCUUUCUUCACGUGAUUUUCAAGUGCUGUCAUGUGUUCAUGGAUUUGAUUGGCCAGUUGACGUUUCUGUUUCGUAGCUUGCAAUGUUUUUAAGCAUGUUUUCUGUUCAAAGUAGUGUUAGUUUUCUGUUUUUUUUAUUAUCUUUAUUGCCUCGUCAGUUGAUAUUUAUCAUUCGGGAUCGUCGUAGACAAAUUUAUUCACGUAUUUAAAACCUUAACUUGUAUUGUGAUUUCUACCUUACAGUCAGAGAGAGCUCUUACAUUUUGUUUAGUUACGGUUCUUUUUAUGUCCAAUAAAUAAAUUAAAAUUAAAGUCCGUUUACUGUUUUUUUAUAAACUCCAAACCAAACAUUAACAACUCUAAAUGAUAAUAAAACACAGGAAACCUAUAACUGGAAGCACUUCCGCAUAUAAAAAUAUCAAAAAUCUCGUUUUAUUUUUUUCUACCUGUUUUGUGGGCUAGACAUUUUUAUAGUACCUGGGUAGUAAAAUUUUUCGACAACCAUUCAGUUUUGUUUAUUUAUGUUUUUUUGGAAAGUCAAGUACAUUUUAUUCGAUUCCCUUUCUACCCAAACCCCCAUCCCGUGUCUAAUGCUGUGUUAUACUUUAGAGAUCUACUGCUUAAUUCCAUAGAAUUAUUAUCGUGUUAGAGGUUCAAUAAAGGCUUAGCAAAGUUCACGUUGAAACGAAUGACGUGGAAAUUUAUAACUCUUUAACAUAUUUGUGCCUUAGUCAAUUAAUUUGAUGUGAUUAGAGUGUCGUUAAUAUCAGUGUGCUUUAACCACGGCAAAUUGUCACGUGAUAGUUCUUCGUGUUAGUUUUGACGUCAAGUCUGUUAUUACUAACGUAAAUAAUGUUUCUGUUAAUUGUUGAAUUUAUUGAUUGCCACGCAAAAAUCGUGCAAA